AUAAACGUUUUUGGUGUACACCCACGAUCCCGGUCAAUAUAUUAUAAGAUUAAUUCAUAUAAUUGUGUCUGUCUCUGUUAAUGUUGCGUCAACCCACUGUUGUCUUUACUUUUUAAAUUAUGUAAACUGGGAGGCACAAAUUCAUCACUCAUCAGCUUAACAGCAUCUCGUUCUCUUCUUCCUCUGUUCCAUCUCAAAUCUCAGCACUCUUUGACUCCUCCGCUUUUUUCUGUUUAUGGGGUUAUUUGAGAAAAGAGUUUGAGACAGAGGACUGCAUAUUUUCAUUCUGGUUUUGGUUUCUAAGUAGAGACAGGGAACGAUGGCAGAAGGUGGAACAACUCUGGAGUAUACGCCUACUUGGGUUGUGGCUGUUGUCUGCAGUGUUAUCGUUGUCAUCUCUCUUGCUGUCGAACGAAUCAUCCACUUCCUUGGCAAGUAUCUCAAGAAAAAGAACCAAAAACCUCUCUUUGAGGCCUUGCAGAAGAUAAAAGAAGAGUUAAUGCUUUUGGGGUUCAUAUCACUGUUGCUGACAGUGCUCCAAAAUCGGAUUGCCAGAAUUUGCAUAUCGGAGAAAUUGGCCAGCAAGUGGUUGCCCUGUGAGAAAGAGGAAGAAAGUUCAUCUACCACUGCCCAUUUCCAAACCCUCUUGGAUUCCUUUAUUCCGGGGACUGCCCGUCGUCUCCUUGCCGAGGCCUCUGCUUCCACCUGUUCAACGGGAAACGUUCCGCUUUUAUCAACUACCGCGCUUCACCAUCUUCACAUAUUUAUCUUUGUGUUAGCCGUUGUGCACGUGGCUUUCUGUGCUCUAACCAUUCUUCUCGGAGGUGCAAAGAUACGUCAAUGGAGAUAUUGGGAGGAAUGCAUAGUCAAAAAGAAUUAUGAUACAGAAAGAGUUAUAACAAAAUUCACGAAGGUCCAAGAUCAUGAAUUCAUCCGGGGUCGAUUUAGCAUGAAUUCAGCUUUGGUAGGGUGGUUGCUCUCCUUUUUCAAGCAAUUUUAUGCAUCAGUGACCAAAGCAGAUUAUGAGGCACUCCGACUGGGCUUCAUUAUGACUCAUAGCAAGGGAAACCCAAAGUUCAAUUUCUACGGGUACAUGAUACGUGUCCUGGAAGCCGAAUUUAAGAAAGUCGUUGGAAUAAGUUGGUAUCUUUGGUUAUUUGUAGUCAUCUUUUUGUUGCUGAACAUCUCUGGUUGGCAUGCAUAUUUUUGGAUCUCAUUCGUUCCCUUCAUUCUUCUACUUGCUGUUGGCACCAAGUUGGAGCAUGUGAUUUGCCAGUUGGCGCAUGAGGUUGCAGAGAAACAUAUAGCAAUUGCAGGGGAGUUAGUUGUUCGACCUUCAGAUGAUCACUUCUGGUUCCAUAGGCCCAAGCUUGUGCUCUUAUUGAUUCAUAUCAUCAUGUUUCAGAAUUCUUUUGAACUGGCAUUUUUCUUUUGGAUAUGGGUUCAAUAUGGAUUUGACUCCUGCAUAAUGGGAGAAAUCGGAUAUGUUAUACCUAGACUUGUUAUAGGAGCAUUCAUUCAGUUCUUCAGCAGCUACAGUACCCUGCCACUCUAUGCUAUUGUCACACAGAUGGGAAGUUCAUUUAAAAAGGAAAUAUUUCAAGAACAUAUACACGAAGGACUAGUUGGUUGGGCUAAGCAUGCCAAAAAGACCAAAGGUUUGAGAAAGGCUGCCAAUGGCUCUAGUGCUCAAGGUUCUAAUACCACUCAUGGUUCUAGCCACGAGGUUCCCAAAGAGACUGCUCCUUUGGCUGUUGAGUUGGCAGAAAUUGGUGAAACGGAAUCUGCAAUGGAAGAAGGCAAUGCAGGAGGGAUUGCACGUGCACAGAUCUCCCAUGGACAUAAAUGAACUGCCUCAGUGUGUCCUUCAAACCUCUCACUGAAGUUAGAGCUUUCUGUUUUCAAUAUAUAUUGCAUUGAUAUAUGAUUAAACGAUUUGGCUUUCUUGUAAAUUGGCUAGUAUCAGUAAGAAGAGCAAUUGAAGGUAAGACUUCUAGGAAUAUGUGAGCAUGUAUAUAUUUCUGGCCAAAAAAAGGGAAAACAAAUCGCCCUCUAAGUUUUGGUUUGCUGCUGUUAAUAACUUAAUUCAGUCUGUUGAUACGGUCGAAUUACUCCUGAACUUCCAGAUUAUUGUUAAAUGUCACAUGAGAGUGAUGAGUGAUCA